AUGACUACGGGCAAUUUACAAGUGGCAAUUUAUGGAUUUACAACACAGACAAGGACAUAUGAGCCUGCUGGAAUAUGCUAUGAAACUCGAAUUAUCCGUGAUAAAAUUACCCUCGGCCACUGUACUCUUCCGAUUUACAAAAACUCUCCUGUUCCUCAACCUGUAAGCGAUAAUGAGCGAAAGAAAUCUUCAGAGGAGCCAGUAGAGAUGCGAAAAGAACUGUUCGAUCUUGAUAAUGAGAAAUACGAAAAGUAUUUGUUGAAGUUGGAUCCAAAUGACUGCAAAAGCCAAGAUCACUACAAGGUUCUCGGUCUUUCAAAACUUAGAUGGCAGGCGACAUCGGAGGAAAUUCGUUUCUGCUAUAGACAAAAAGUUCUAAAGCACCACCCCGAUAAGAAGAAGCAUCGUGGAAUUGUUAUGGAGUCGGAAGAAUAUUUUACUUGCAUCACAAAAGCUUAUGAACAGAUCGGAAUGUCGGACGCCAAGCGUCAAGCAUUCGACUCCGUUGAUCACAAAUUCAAUGAUGCCAUCCCAAAUGACAAAUCGAUUAAUGCAGAUAAUUUUUACAACGAGCUGGGACCAAUUUUCCAAUUGAAUUCGAGAUGGUCCAGUGUUAAGCCAGUUCCUGAGCUGGGAAAAACUGACGCUACUCGCGAAGCCGUUGAGAACUUCUACGAUUUCUGGUUCAACUUCCAGUCCUGGAGAGAGUUCUCGUAUUUGGAUGAAGAAGAUAAAGAGAGAGGAGAGGAUCGGUAUGAACGUCGUGAAAUGGAAAAACAGAACAAGGCAGAGCGAGAACGGCGGAGGAAGGAAGAGGCGAAGAGAAUCAGAAAGUUGGUCGAUAUGGCAUAUGCGAAGGAUCCUAGAAUUAUGAAGUUCAAAAAGGAACAACAAGCUAAAAAAGACAAGAUCAAGGAGGAUCGGCAGCGUGCUAUUCGCGAGAAGCAAGAAGCCAUCGAACGCGAAAAGCGAGAAAAGGAAGAAGCUGAAGCGAAAAUCAAAGAGGAGCAAGAAAGAAAAGCAAAGGAAGAGAGGGAAAGAGAAAAGAAGGAGCGCGAUAUUGCUAAGAAGGCCAUGUCCCAACAACGCAAACGGCUGAAGAAGCUCGCUGAAGAGGCGGGACACUGGACCGAGAAUCCACGUGAUAAACUGACGGAGAUGGAGAGAAUCGAACGAAUUUGCAUUGGUUUCUCCGUUGACCAACUGAGAGAACUCUGUGAGAGAGUAGAGUCUCUCAGCCUUGGAUCCGAUAUUCAGCAAGCUUUGACGGAUGCGGAACGUCUGAAGAAGGAAGCUGCUGGAGCUAAAGUGACGAUAGCUGAAGACAAAAACAAGGAAAACGAGAAGCAAGUUGAAAAAGAAACUUGGACCAGUGAAGAAAUUCAACUUCUCGUAAAGGCAUCGAACACUUUCCCACCAGGGACCGUUGAGCGUUGGGUUCAAAUCGCUGAUUACAUCAAUGAGCAUCGUAAAGACUCGCAAGGAUUGCCACCGAAGACAGAAAAACAAGUUAUCAAGCAAUGUAAAGCAGUUCAGACAAUGAACGUAAAACUACCGUCUACGACUCAGAAUCAACUCGGAACUGCUCUUCCUGAUGAAGAUGUAUGGUCAGCGACUGAGCAGAAAACUCUAGAAGAAGCACUCAAGAAGCAUCCAGCAAGUGAUCCAGAACGCUGGGAGAAGAUCUCAACUGAAGUGGGUACUAAGACCAAAAAAGCUUGUAUUCGACGAUUCAAAUAUCUCGUUCAAAUGGUUAAAAACAAGAAAUAG